UUUUACCUGCUCUGACUCAACAUGAAAAAACAGCUAUGGUCCCUGGCCCGUUUGACCCUCCCCGCUCUGGGUUUUGCUCUGACCUCCAGUGGGGCGUACCUGGUCUCCCUGCAGACGUUGUACUUCCAGACGCUGAUGGAGGUCCCAGUCUACGGCAUGAUCGCUCUGGGUUUUGUGUGCAUGGUCAGCGGGGUGUUUUGGAACGUGUGCCAUAGUAUGAAGAGCAAGAUGUAUCAGAGAGGAGCCCCCAGACCACGCAUACAUAUCUUCACUAUAGACAGGUCCUUCCCUCCGUCGUAUGAAGAGUCUCAGAAUAACCUUCACUGUUGGUCCCCUGAGCCCCCCCCUUCUCGGUCCUCCCCUCCUCUGGAUCCACGUCUGGACCCCUCCUCUGAGGUGGUGCUGAUCAUGGCCCCUCCACUGUACAGCUUGGACUCCUCCGAGGUCCCAGAUUGCACCUGGAGCUGGGAGCCUCCACCCCAAUACAGCCAGGUGGAACCAUGUCCCACCCCUGUAAACUCUGACCCAUGAACCACACCCUGUGACCAC